AUGGCGGAGGACGCGACCCUCCUCGAGGGGCGGAAAACGAAGCUCGAGCUGUCCAAGGACGCGACGCUCUGCGGCACGCCGAAACAGCAGCGGAACUUCAUCUGGGUCGCGUUCUAUGCCUUAGCCAUCACAUGCGGCCUCGUGCUGCGGCGGGCGUCGAUCCUCGAGCGGGAGGCGACGCUGGACGCGGCCAUGGACCCGAGCGCCUGGGAGAUUAAAGUAUUGAACUGCGCGAACCUGCGGUGCCACCUGUCCGUCAAGACGUCCGUCGCGUUCCCGAAAGCCGCGAGCUUCGUCGUGUCGUACUGGCCGCUCGACGCGGCCGAGUACGCGGUCUACUCGCGGGAGCACGAGGUGUCGUCGGCGGCGACGGAGGUCGAGCUCUACCGGUUGCGGCCCCACACGCAGUACGUCGCGCGCGUGCGGCUCAAGGCCGAGGGCUUCGAUAAGAUCGUGGUGGUCGCGGAGCAGACCUUCGAGUCGAACGCGGUCGGCUGCAACAAGUUCGACAACGGGCCCAUGGUGCGCAUCGAGGGCGAUCCGUCGUUCGAGCUGCUCUUGUUCCCCUACAUGGACGGCGAGACGGACUCGUUCCGGGGUUUGGUCGCGGUGGACCGCGCGGGCUACGCGGUGUGGUACUUCAACCGGACGAUCUCGGCGCCGGGCGCCCACGUCGAGGCCUUCUCCCAGUUCACGUCCAUGCGGGACACGGCCCACUUCUGCGUCAACGACCAGAACACGGUGUCCGUCUUCGUCGCCGACGCGGCGGGCUCCGUCGGGGCUACUUUAUUACCGGAGCACGUGUCGAACCGCACGAAGAACGGGACGGCGUUGGAGUCGUGGACCUUCAUGGGCCACGAGUGCCGCGCGACGCGCGGCGGGCAGAUCGUGACGACGGGCUUCGCGCUCGCGGACGUGGGCUCGCAGAAAUUGGAAGUCGAGGACGAGUCGAUCCACUACCUCGCGGAGGAGUUCUUCCUGCUGUGGGACCCGUUUGUGGAAGACGAGCCCGUGACGGAGUUGGUCUGGGUCUCGGACUACGUGUCGCUGGAGGACGCGGUGAAGGCGUUGGACGGCGAGGGCGACAACGAGAAGGUCAUCAUGGAGAUCGUCGACGUCGACGGCGCGGUGGCGGCGACGGGGAGCUACCUCAUGUACUUCCACGUGUCGUCCGUGUCCCUCGCGCCGGACGAGGAUCUGUACGUCGUCACGCUGCGGAACCUGCACACGGUCAUCGCGAUCAACCGGACGUCUUUGGAGCUCGUGUGGCAGUUCAGCUCCGUGCUCGAGCGCAACGACUUUUCCUUCGCGAGCCCGAGCGACCGCUUCUGGGACCCCCACGACGCCGUGCUCGACACGGUCAACGGCACUCAGCGCCUCUGCUUGAUGGACGAGGGCUACUUCCGCGACGCCUGCGAGGAGCAGUCCGAGUCCGUGGACUACUACUGCUACAGCCGCGGCGUCUGCUACGUCCUCGACGCGGCGAGCGGCUCCGCGUCCAAGGCCUACGACUACUCCUUCCCGAACAACGGCGUCCUCUCCAGCCUCCACCUCGAGGCCAUGGACGUCUUCAACAAGAACGGCGGCGACGUCGUCCCCGUGCCGGACACGCGCCACAUGCUCACGGCCUUCACGUCCGUCUACAAGACGCAGUUCGCCUCCAACUCCUACGCCUUCGAGACCGACGCCGACGGCGGCGAGACCAAGGCCAUCAUCAAACUCCCCCACAUCGAGGACUGGACGUCCGCCUCGGGCGGCACGUCGGGCCUCUACCGCGUCCUGCCCAUCACCUCCGUCAACGGCGAGGGCGCCCACGCGCCCGAGGCCUGGCUCUCGCACACGUCAUAA